CCGGCGGAAGUGACGUCUUGUUGCUCGCAGGUGUAAAUCAGUGACAGUAGUUUCAGUUUGUCCUAAAACAUUGCAUUAAUGGCGACGUUUUUUGGAGAGGUGUUGUCGGUAUAUUCUCGGGCUGUGGAGGAAGACGAGGAGGAACUUCAGGAAAACGAGGAAGAUGAAGAAAUCCGCAGAGAAGUGGAGGAAAAGAGGGAAGUGAAGUUGCACUGGUGCCCAGAAGUCUCAGAGUCUCUGAUGUCUGGAAACAAGUUGCAGUGUUCAGAUUUCAUCGUCGCUGUGGGACAAAAUGCUGCCAGCUUUCUGUCAGUGUACAUUCUCACCUCUUCAAACUGGGACACAGUUGGACAUGCGUCCAUGUGGAACGAGAGGAGCCGGGCUGGAACUGGGCAAACCAGUGAGGAGUCGGCGUGUGUUUUCUACAGACACAAGGAAAACCCAUCAGUUUUGAUAUGCCAAGUGACUUGCUACGUUGCAGAAGACCAACAAUUUCAGUGGGCAGAAAAGGUUUUUGACUGCCUGCAGCUCCGAGAGUUGAAUGUGACUGUGCUGUCAGAUAGCUCUGUGACUGAUUACAAGACAGCAGACUAUCUGUCCGGCGGCUCUGCUCCCUUCCUGCGGUCUCUCCACACCAGUGCUUUCAGUGAUCAUCCUGUCUGCCAGUCACUGGAGCAGCCCAACAUAGUUACAGGACUUCCAGCUGCAGUACUGAAUCAUUGCCAGGUCCACCGCAUCGCUGCUGCUGUUUACCAGUGUUACAGUGAUGUCAUCGGGCUUGACUCCGUCACCAUGGAGACCUAUAAGCCUGCACUAACCAAGCUUGGCAAGUCCAUACAGCUGGACCUCUCCACUCCAACCACAGACGUCCGCCGUAAAUUUGUUAGAAACACUGAACUUCAGAGUAAUCUUUAUAUCUGAAAGUGUCAAUGUUGCACACUGGAGUGAAAUUGAAUCCCAUUUUCCCAUGUUAGAAUGCCGUUUUUUAAUAAACAUAUCAAACAAA